UUAAAUAAGCAUGCGUCGGCAAAUGUAGACUGUAUUAUUGAUGUUUCACACAUUUGUUAAUCCUCCAUUUAUUUGAUUCAGCUGAAACCUUAUCAUCUUAUACUAGUUUAUUCAAUAUGUUAUGCAAAUAAUUCAAUCGAGUGAACACGAAUACAAGAUAAGAGAUUCUGGUCAACGAUUUCCCAACCUAACUCAACUCCUCUAUUGAACUUUUGGAACAUAUUUUUCCUUCGAAAUACACACCAGACAUCUUCUUCACCUUCUAGUAAACUUGCUUGCUUGAAAGAAGAAGAGAAUGACGGAUGUGCUUGGGCACUACUACCUCAUAGGUGUUGUUUUCGGUCAACUUAAUCCUACGAUAUUACUAGGUUUUCAAUCUUUGAAGAAAUAAAAGUUUUUGCAGAACCCAUCUUUGAGCAGAAACAUAUUUUCUUCUUAUAACAAUUUCUGAAAAUUGUAGCUCACUUAUCAAUAAAACCUUCUAUCAUUUCUUUCUUGAGAUGGGUCUGCUGCAGUCAUUCAUCUGUCUGAACAUAAUCUUUCUGGUUACUUGUUCGUCUUCUCAAAUUCAUGCCCAGCAACCUUAUGAUGGAAACGCAGCCGGUGAUUGUACUAAAACAGAUAAUUCAACUUCUGUUCUUGGGUAUACCUGCAACGGUCAAAACCCGAGUUGCCAAGCUUACUUUAUAUUCAGGUCAAUACCACCAUACAACACUGUUUCUUCCAUUUCUCAUCUUUUGGCUUCUGAACCCUCGCAGCUUUCUCAAAUUAAUUCAGUUGCAGAGACUGCAACCUUUCAGACGAACAAGGAGGUAAUUGUUCCAAUCAACUGUUCUUGUUCAGGUGAGUAUUACCAAGUAAACUCAUCUUACAGUAUCCAGGAACUAGAUACUUACUUUUCAAUUGCAAAUAGUACAUAUCAAGCUCUGUCAACCUGCCAAGCUCUUGAGGAUCAAAACAGUGUUCCGGCUACAUCAUUAUUGCCUGGGAAUAGGAUCACAGUGCCUCUUAAGUGUGCCUGUCCAACGAAAAAACAAACGGCUGAAGGUGUGAAAUACUUAUUGACUUACACAAUCAUUCCGGGUGAUGAUGUUCCGACUAUAAGUGAAAAGUUUGGUGUGGAUCCCAGCAGAACACGUGAAGCUAAUGAGCUUUCUGAAGACGCUACAAUUUAUUUCUCUAGCCCACUUCUUCUUCCUCUGCAGAUUCCACCUUCAAGUUCUCAGACCACAGCACCACCACCAACACCACCAAUUUCCUCUCUCCCCCCACCUGCUUCUUCUGUUCCCCCAUCAAAUAAAAAGAACAAAACGUGGGUAUAUAUUGUCAUAGGGGUUGCUGCAGCAACUGUUCUGGCGCUGGUUGCAUUCAUCGUUGUUUUCUGUGUGUGCAAAUCUAAUAAUACUAGAAGGAGCAAAUAUAAUUAUCAAAAUAACAUCACUGAAAGCUUUGAUGGCUACGAGAAACCACAACAAAAAACUUCAGAGGAAGAAUCGACGGAGUUUCUGAAAAGUAUAUCUGAUAUUGCACACGUCCUGAAAAUAUACAACAUCAAAGAAUUGAAAUCCGCCACAGAAAAUUUCAACCCCAAUUGGCAGAUAAAAGGUAAAGUUUAUCGAGGUAUCAUAAGUGGGAACUUGGCGGCAAUUAAGAAGAUGAAUGGAGAUGUAACAAAGGAAUUAAAUGUACUCAAGAAAAUCAACCAUUUCAAUCUGAUCACACUUUCAGGAGUUUGUUUCGAUGAGGGUCAUUGGUAUCUUGUUUAUGAAUAUGCCGUGAAUGGAUCUCUGGAUAAUUGGAUAUUUUACAGCACACAGACACAGACUUUGAGCUGGACACAAAGAGUACAGAUUGCUUUAGAUGUGGCUAAAGGCCUUAAUUACCUGCAUAGCUACACCAAUCCCUCCCAUGUUCACAAGGAUAUAAAGAGCAGCAACAUUCUUCUUGAUGGUGAUUUUAGGGCUAAAAUUGCAAACUUUGGUCUAGCAAGGUCUGCAGAAGGGUAUGAAAGCGAAUUCGCAUUAACAAGACACAUUGUUGGGACAAAAGGAUACAUGGCACCGGAAUAUCUGGAUAAUGGUGUGGUAUCACCAAAGCUUGAUGUUUAUUCUUUUGGUGUUGUGCUGCUGGAAAUGAUUAGCGGUAAAGAAGCUGUUUCUGAAUCUGCCAAAGACUUGCUCUCAUCCAAGACUUUAGACAUUCUUGCCAAGGAGAACCCUGGAGAAAAGCUCAAGGACUUGAUAGAUCCUUCUCUUCAUGAGAACUAUCCUCUGGAUCUUGCUCUUGCUGUUGCCAAGCUGGCAGAGAGCUGCCUACAAAGGAAUCCAGAUGGUCGGCCAAGCAUGGAUGAUAUUGUUCAUUCUCUUGCAAGAUUUCUAGAUGUCUCCUUGAGUUGGGAGAUAUCAACUGGUAACUCGGAGAGCUAUAGCUUUGCAUCAACUUCUAGUGAAAAGUCUAACUGGAAAAGAGAUAGUUAAGUUUUGAAAGUAAUAUGUAAAUGCAAAAACAAUCUUUACAGUGUUAUUUUACAAAAAGUUUAAUUAUUUGUUUGUUGGUUGAUAAAAAUUACACCAUUUAUGAGGUAUGAAGUGGAGCUGCAUGCAAUUGUCUUCA